AUGAUUAUAUUAAAAUAUUAUAUUUUGGCAUUUUUGUUUUAUACAAUAUUAUUUAACUAUUUAAGUCUCUUAACAAAAGGAGUAAAAUUAAGCAAGCAUAGAAAUAGAAAGAAUAGUCAAUUUAAUAUUUUUUCUAAUAUAAAUAAUUUUGAAAAUACAGAAAAUAAUGUGGAGAACAAUUUAGAUAUUAAUGAUUAUUUUAAUGGCGAUAAAAAAGGAAAUGUAGAAAAUAAUAAUGUUAAAUAUCAUAAUGAAAUGAAAAAUAUAAAAAAUAAUCAUAAUGCAGACAUAAUUUAUACAACAGAUAUGAUAAAUGAAAAUAAUAAUAAUUAUGAAAAAAAAAAUGCAUUUAAUACAAAUAUAGAAAAAAAAAUUAUAUCUACAAAAAAUGGAUAUAUUACUAAUGAUUAUAUUCAUCCUCCGGAUAUUUAUUUACAAUCUUUUAAUGUAAAAAAAAAAAAUAAUAAAUCAUUAAAUAAAAAGUACAUAGAAAAUUCAAAUAUUGAAUUAAAAAAUAAAUUAAAUUAUUCAUUAAAUCCAGCAUUAACUUUAGUAGCCUCAAGAGCAGUUGAUGGAUUAUUAGGAGGAGUUCAUCAACAUAUGCAAGGGCCAUUUGCUUUGAAUCCAGAUGGAAAUAAUUCUCCACUUAGUAAUCCUAUAGUUACUCCUAAUUUGUAUCCAAGUCCUCAUAUGCCUCCCCCUAAUGUGGCUAAUGGAAUACCUCCUCCCGGUUCACCUCCAAAUAUUUCACCACCACCCCCUGGAACUCCUCCUCCAAAUGCUCCUCCAGCAGCCCCUGGUGCUCCUCCUACUCCCGUUCCUCCACCUCCUCCUAAUUCGGUGAUGUCCAAUUCUAUGAAUGCAUCUAUGCCUCUUAAUGCAAUCAGUCAAAACCCUAAUUUUAACAUUCAUCCCACUGCAUCUAAUUUGAGAGAUGAUCCUGGUAAUGUUACUUAUAAUGAGAUAGUUAGUAUAACAAUAGGUGUAGUUUUAAGUCUCCUUCUUUUUUGUUUUAUUUCUGGUUGUCUAAUUAAAAUGUGUAAACCAAAAAAAAGAAGAAGAUAA